CUGGCAUCAGCAUUUCUCGAUAUAUCGCCAUAUAUUGCGAAGUGUCCUGAAAGAGAGCACCUGAUGGUGUAAUCAGAUAGUAUUUCAGGCGUAUUUUUAUUUUAUGGGUAUAAUAUGGUAGGAAGGGAGCACCUCAAAGUUUGAGGCUCAAACCAGCCUGAAACGUAAAUAAGCCUGUAACGGUCUGUAGCAGUACAAGUCCUGUAGUACAAACAAGUAGUACCUGUUGUCCCUGUUACAUCUGUCCCAUCCUGUUAGUGUCAAUUGGUAAUUUAGAUCCGUUUGAAAUGGUUGACAAUAUAUCGUCAUUCCUCUCAAAACAAGUGCGAAAUAUGGUUGUGGAAGUUGGAAUACCUCAUUUAAGGAAUCACAUCUGUAAAUAUAAGUACUUAAACCACCGCUUUACCUUUAAUUGGGAAAAAAUUGAAGCAAUUUUGUGCAUUUCUGAUGAUUUCUGCAUUCAUGAUCAGCCAUCAUCAUGGUUUAUUGAUAAGAUAAAUAAAGUGUGGCCGAUAUUCACUGAAGCCCAUUAUUUUUACAACUGUACACAACCAAAUCUUGUGGAUAUGCAGGAUUUGUAUGAAUGGACAUCACAUCCAAAGGAAAUAGAGGAGUACUUGAACCGUUUUCUAAGUUCUGAUUUGCCAACAGCAGAAGCAAUUUUAUUUUUGACUGCAGUACUAGAGAGAUCUCUUGGAAAUUUAUUUUUGUUAAAAGGAAGUAAUGUGCCUUCACUUUUGAGAGACUUGCUCUCAACAACUGAAAUUGAAAUAAUUCUUGGGAAAAUUCCUGUGGUGUUUUUGCAAUUGUUGGUGGGGACCCCAUUAGCUUUGAAUUUGAGAAAUAUUGUGUGGCAUGGUUUUCCUAGACAAGAUGAAUUGUAUCCACACUUUGUGUCAACACUGUUUUCAGUGAUUCUGUCAAUUGGCGAACUUUUACUAGAAAGAAAUAUAGAUUUCUUUACCAUACCAAAGAGAAAACAAAUUGAGUUCCCUGAGGCAACUUCUCUUGAUACCUUCAUAAGUGUUCAAGAGUAUUGCGAAGAAAUAUUUGAAUUAUUUUUUCAUUCCAACUUCAUUCCAAAAUGCCAUUUUUCUUAUUGGAAGUAUGCUUUGGAACAUUAUAAAAAUAAAAGAUUUGGACAUGCUUUACUUCUUCUCCUUCCACAAGUUGAACACAUGUUACGUUGCCUUUACUGCAGAAUCAAUGAUUGUUUGGAACAAAUGCUUACUGCUGAAUCAAUCUCUCUGUACACUACAUUAAAUGAAAUAAUGGCCGAAAAUAUUAUAAAUGAAGAUGGAGUAUGUAGAGAAAAUAAAAUAAUCAAUUUCCUUGGAGAAUCAGUAAUGGAAAUGUUGCAAGAUAUAUUUGUUCAUCCAGCUGGGCCUCGACUUAGGGAUAAAAUAGGCCAUGGUGAAUGUAAUCUGAAGGAUAUUCCGGAGCAAUUAGUUAAUCAAAUAAUUUCUGUAAUUGUGGUUAUUGAAAUGAAAUCUUGGGAGGAAUUGCCAAACCAAACUCUUAAAAAAGAAGUACAUGUAGAAUUAAAAAAUCAAAUCCAUCAUAUGUGCAAGAAUUAUAUAACGAAAUUCCAUCCAACUUCUUUGUUGAAAGUGACCAUUAGACACUGCUUGUUGAACUUGAACACAUUAUCCAUUUACAUUACCCAACACUCUAAUAAUGAUAUUGACCAAAUCAUUUUAUCAUGUAAAAGUUCAGAUAUGAUAUGUCUUAUUCAAGAAAUUCUUAAUAAGAGAAUGAAGUUGUUAACAUAUUAAGACAAAUAAUGGACAAUUUGGACCAAAUAUGUGAACAAGUAAUGGAAAUUGUACAAGAAAAAUGCAGUCUAUAUUCACAACGUUUGCUGCGUUCUCGACAAAGGGAAACGUUUAAACGCAUGUUAUGCCUUAUUCCACAACUAAAAGACAUUUUAUUCUGUAUAACAUGCAUAAUUGUUAUGUGUCUCCAAUUUGUGAACAACAUUUGCAGUUUAUUGGGGCAAGAACUUGAAAGUUUAUUAAAAUUUUGCCGAAUGAUUCUUAUUAUUAUCUGAUAACACUCAGUAGUAUUGAGAGUAAAUUCCUUUUUUAUUUUUGCUUUUGUUGGACAUUUCACUGACUGAAAAGUACAUUUGAGGUUUCUUCUAAGACUUGUUUAUUUAUUGUUAUGAAGUAAAGUAACUUGCAAUUUUGAAAUAAGUAGUUGUAAAGAAAAUUCAACAAUUUUAAUAAAUAACAUAAAGCA